AUCUUAGCAACACAAUUAUAUUGUUCUCUGUCAUGAUUUUAUUUCCUCAUAUGUAUGUACAUACUUUUCUCGAAACAAUUUAUGCAUCUAGUCGUUUAUUGGUGCUUUUAUUUAUCGUUGGAAUAAACGGAUAAAGGGUCCGUAAAAUGUGUUCGAAGGAUCAAUACAGUGAGAUGAAAGAUAAAUUUAAACCACCCAAAUUGAAACAGCCAACAACUACCCGAGCUCGCUGCUAUGAGCAAUUCCUUUGGCAAGAGCUUUACAACGAAUAUAUCCGCUACAAUGACCGUUUAGUUAAUGUAAAGCCGGACAAAGCAAAUACAGAAUAUUUUGAUGAAUAUUGUAAAAAGGUUCCAAAGGAAGAUAUGGCUAAAAAGGAGCGUUUGAUUAAUGUUUACCCGUUGUACAGCACUAGCGCGAUAACGUUGUGGAAUAACAAUGGUGAUAUAACAAGAGAUUUUAAAAAACGUUACAUUAUAACACGCCCGGUGCAAGAACAAGCAGAACAAUUCGGAUAAUGUGAGCGUCUAGAGUGAAACUGUAUUUUUCAAUAAUAUGUUAGUAUACAUAUGUGUGCACAUAUACACUAACGCUUUUAUGGUUCAUAUAUUCACCAAUUGUCUUUCCUAAUUUCAAAAUUUAAAAAUGGAAAAUUAUACACGAUUAAAACAUAUGUAGCUUAAUUAUAAUUUUUACCUUAAUUGAAUCAAUGAGGAUCGUUACAUAUGUAUGUAUGUAUGAAUAUAAUUUUAUGGUAACACCAACUACUGAUUUAAACAAACUCCAAAUUAUUUCUACUUAAAGAGUUGAAGGGGUAUACAUUCCAUUUUUGUAUAUGUUCAUGUGAAAACUGGUCUCUAUCAAGAACGAUAAAAGACAUCUAUUAUCUUUAUACAAAUCUAUUAUCUAGAAGAGGAGUAAUUGUAAUUUUUCUGAAAACUAUCUUGCCGCGUGAUAUUUAAUGUUUUUCCAAAUGGAUAUAAGUGUUAAUAAUAAAAUAAUUCGUUUUGUA